AUGGCGACCAUGGUUCAACCCGAGGAUGACAGCAGGGAAACCUGCGUUUUUGCGAAGCCUGCACAAAAGGCUCAGUCCCAACCGGCUCCCCCGGUGAAGAGGCCGCGAGGACGACCGCGGAAGCCCAGAAACAACACCGUCGACACGGCCAUAGUUCUUUCCGACAGUGAGUCUGAGGGAGAUGAUGCCGCCGAGCCACAGACUCCGUCCGAGGCGCGGAAGAGGGCCUUGGCCAAGGUCGAAUCCCCCGCACCCGCGCCCAACCCCAAGAGAGGCACGCCAUCGUCGGCUGUCCUGGGCACGCCGCAGCGGGCGGCUUCCGCGGCAAUGUGGGAUGAGGUAGCGGAACUGAAACAGCAGCUCUUCGUCGAGAGGAAACAGCGCAUGGAUGCAGAGGCAGCUCGAACUAGGAUGCAGCAGGCCAUGGAGGAGAAAGAAGCUUCCUGGGCUGCAGAUGUGGCCGCGCAGAUGGUGCCGCUGCAGUUCCAGAUUCAGCAGCUCACUCAGGAAAAACGCAGCCUGGAAACGGCAUGCAAAGACCUUGAAGCGCGCCUCAAAGCGGCACCUGACGAGGAGCAGCCGGCUCCGGCUCCGGCCUCGACCGAUGACCCCAAACCCGCCGCUCCCGAGAUGGCCGAAUUGCAAGCCCAGAUCCGGGCAAAUAAGGGUCUGAUUGCCAGCCAGGCUGCCUACAUCGAAGAGCUCAGCGAAAUCGAAGAGGCGCGGACCCAGGAUCUGGCGAAGGCGAACCAGAAGAUUACCUUCCUCACCCGAACCCUCGACGAGCUCGGAACCCGCAACGAGGCGGCCACAAAAGCCGUAAAGGAGCACGAGUCGCAGAUCCAGCAGCUUCGGCACGAUCUAGCUGCGGCAAACCAGGCGCGACUCGCAGCAGAGCAAACGCUGACUGCAACACAAGAGACCUUGGCGAAGACUGAGGACCAGCUCGCGACGACGAAGCAGCAGCUCGCCGCGGCAGACGAAGCAACGUCCACGCAGGCACAGCGUAUCAUCGCCAAUCUCCAAUACGAGCGGUCUUCCGCGCUGGAUGAGAUGCAGCAGCGCAUCGAGGAAGUCAAGGGCCUCUGCGUCGAGAACACACGUCUCAGGCAGACGGUGACCGCGUUGGAGAAAGAGAAGCAGCAGUUGACGGCCGCUUCGACAGAGAGACUCGACCUGCAAAAGCAGCUAGACGGGUACAAGGAGUCUGUCGCGAUACUGCAGCGCGAGAAGCAGCAGUUGGAAGCGAAGCUGACGCUCAGCGCUGACAAGUUGGCCGUAUUCAAACGGGAGGCAGAGAGGCGCAAAGCGGCAGCGCCCGAACCGCAAGACACGGAGCACCGCCCUAGUGCGGAGACUUCACAGCAGACUGCUGCUCAAGUCCGAGCCCUCCAGUCGGAAGUGGAUGCCCUUCGGCAAGAGGCUAGAUUGCACCAGGAAACCAUCGCCAACCUUCAGCGCGAGAACCAGCACAUCAAGACGGCCCAGCGCUCCGCUGGCGGGGCAACGCCUUCGGAGAAGCAGCUACGGGACGGGGUCGCCCAGUUGACUCGGGAGCUGGCAGCCAAGGACACCGACGUGCAGACGCUCCGCGAUUGCCUCGCCAAAGAGAUCGUCGGGAAGGACAAGUUGGAGCAAGCCAUGGCUGCACAGGCGACGCAGCUCCAGCAGCUCGACACGCAACUCAAGCACAAGACACAGCAGGCGGAAAACAGUCAGAAGGUCGCCGACAAGCUCCGAGAGUAUCUUAAGCGGUCCACCCGCACCGUGAGCCAGUUACGCACCGACCUGGAGUCGAGCAAGACCCUGAUCCGGGAGCACGACGCUAUCCUGGCCGACAAGGAGCGUGUCAUAGCGGUCAAGGAAAUUGAGAUCCAGCAACGCCAGACGGCCGCGAUGGCGCUCACCGGCGACAAGGCCAGGCUCCAGCAAGAGCUGGUCGCAUGCAAGGCCCAACUUCACGACCUAUCCACUGCGAUCUCCAAGCUCACCGCCGAAAACGAAACCCUGCAAGCAGCCAGUGCCUCGAAAGACAAAACCGUCCAUAGUCUGCGGGAGCAGCUCACCACCCUCGCCCGCGAGAAAGACGCCGCCACUACCCACGCGGCCUCGACGCAGACCAACCUCGCUGAGAGCGCCUCCAACCCUGCCCAGCACCAGUCUCUGACAGAGCUCCAAGCAGAAAACGCCCUGCUGACCGAGAUGCUAUCCACCCUCCAAACCGACCUGCACGCCCUCCGCACCCAAGCCGCGGCCACGACCGCGGCCACGCCAUCCCCAACGACACCCAGCGCCGACGACAAACCCACAGCCGCCGACGACACGGGCAAGAUCAACGAACCCCAACCCCCGCAACCGGACCACGGCAGCGACCGCCCGGCGAACAACCCCACCGAGCCCGUCCCGGCGCGCGACACCAACAACACGAUUCCAAUUGCACCCGAAAACGCUCCUAGCCCAGCGGAGGGUCUCACCGCCCGCCUCGCCGCGCUCGAGAGAAACAACAGCGCGCUGAAGCAAGCCGCCGCCACACACGCGGCCGACGCGGCGCGGCUGCGCGACCGGCUUGCGGCGGUGCUGGCGCUUGUCGAGCGGGUGGAGGGGCAGCUUGGGGUAAGCAUGAGCGUGGGCAUGGGCAUGAGCGUGGGCAUCAGCAUCCGCAUAGGCAUGGGCAGGAGCAGCAGCAUCAGCCUCAGCGCCAGCAGCAGCAUCACCAUCAGUCUCAGUAUCAGCAUGGGCAUCCGCAUGGGCAUCAGCAUCAUCAGCAUGGCCAUCCGCAUCAGCAAGGGCAGGCGCACGACGCGUGGAGAAGAUGGGAAGGAGGGGCGUGAGCGGGAGCAGCCGCUGGAGAGCGGGCAUGGGGCCAGAUGA